AUUAUCAUUGGUGUGCUUAUCUCUCUUUCCGCCCUCUUUUCGGGCUUGACGCUGGGACUUAUGAGUCUAGACAAGACGGGCCUCGAGAUCGUUAUGCACGGUGACGACGUCACUAACGCUCGCUACGCAUCCGAUAUUUUUCCCGUACGAGAAAAUGGCAAUCUAUUGUUGUGUACACUGCUACUAGGAAACGUGGCCGUCAACGCGCUCUUGUCCAUUAUGAUGGGUGACAUUGCUGGCGGUCUGAUAGGUUUCUUAUCCAGUACAUUUUUGAUCGUCAUUUUUGGAGAGAUCAUCCCACAAGCCGCCUGCAGCCGCUAUGCGCUGCUCAUUGGUAGCAAAACUGUCCCGCUGGUUCGUGUGAUUCUUGUACUCUUCUAUCCAAUUGCGGCCCCAUUGGCUUAUAUGUUGGACAAGCUUCUGGGGGCCGAAUUGGCCACAAUCUAUUCCAGCGCCGAACUUAUGAAAUUGCUACAGAUUCACGUAGAAAACGAAGCCAUGGAUCAGGAUACCGCAGUUGCCAUGAGGGGCGCCCUCAAAUACAAGGAUACGACCGUCAAAGAAGUCAUGACGCCACUCAGCAAUACCUUCAUGUUGUCGGUUGACGAAAAACUCAGCUUUGAAACCAUUGCGAAAAUUUUUAAAACAGGAUAUUCUCGAAUUCCAGUCUACGAGAUUUCAACGCGUCUAUCUCUUGGCUUCCAGAACAACGUUAUUGGCCUAUUAUUUGUGAAAGACUUGAUCUUCAUCGACCCGGAAGACGAAACAAGGGUGGCCGACUUUGUCCAAAUUUUUGGACGAGGUGUACACGUUGUGUGGCCUGAUGACAAGCUUGGCGAUGUCUUGCGCGAGCUCAAGCUAGGCAAAUCUCACAUGGCUUUAGUCCGAGACGUGAACAACAACGAUGCAAGUGUAGAUCCAUUUUACGAGAUCAAGGGCAUUAUUACUUUGGAAGACAUUGUUGAGGAGAUUUUAGGUGAUGAGAUUGUGGACGAGACAGAUGCCUUUGUCGAUGGAUCGCACGCCGUAAAAGUCGACCGA